CUUAUUCUCGGUGUAGCUGUUGGUCGUUUCAUGUUUUUGCAGAAGUAUCAGUGGUAUAUCAAAAUGUCACAAUUACGGAGGCAAUUCCAAUGAUCGCGUAAUGUCAGUUGCGAGUGACGCACCAGCGUUUUUCGCAGCGCCCUGUUUUUACGAAACGAUGUCAAACGGAUAAAUUAUGCCACGAAAGGAGAACACCAAAGCAAAAACAUGGGAGCGAGACAGAAGAAAACGUAUGAAUGCAUACUUCAAAACUCUAGCAGAUCUGCUACCUCCGCAUCAAGAAGGUCGCAAACGCAACAAAGUCGAUAUUCUUAUCCAUGCAUCGAACUAUAUAAAAGACCUCCAUAGUCGUACUGAGGAGUUAUUCUCUACUCAUGCUUCCGAAGCACACAAAGAAGAAUUGGCUCGUUUGAAGAAGCUCGUAAAUCAGCUAAUGUCUCGUACACAGUUAUUAUCAAGUCUUCUUAAAGAAGCUGGAAUUUCUGUGCCAGCUGAGCCAGCUCUUGAGAAAAUAUCUCCUCUGAAAUGGUCGAAUAAAAUUAAUGUUGAUGAUGUAGAGAAAUAUUUUGAUAAGAUUGAAGAAAAAAAGAGUUUAGAGAAGAAAAGGAAGGAGAAACCUGUAGAAUUUAAAGUGCCUUCUAAGAGAAAAUCCGUGACAUCGUCUACUCCAAAAAAGCUGUCCGAAGAAGCUGCUAUCGCUAAGACUAUCUGCAAUUCCAUAGAGAAUCAAGAGAAUCGAGUGAAUUGUGCCAAUGGUAAAAACUAUAAUUCCGAUAGUACAAGUAGCAUAGCUGACAAUGGAUCGAAGGAAACAGAGCGUUGUCAAAAUGGUUCUACCAACGAGGCGAGCACAACUAGCACGCACUUAAAUGCAAAGAAGAAGACUGCGGACAAGAAAGCCGCCGAGUCGCAAAAAGCGUUGAGGAAGAAAAGCAAGCGCAAAGACGAGAAAAAGUCGGCGUUGCCGCAGAUAGCCAGCACCGUCACAAACUUGGCCCCCAAUACGCUCAUUUUGUCCGGUGGAAAGCUGAUGCCGCUGGUGACGCCGAUGACAUCGAAUAUCAUCGUGAACACGCAACAGGCGCCUGCGAACCCGAUAAUUCUCGGCAGCACGCAGCAGAGUCAGAUGAUCGUGAUGCAGCCCUUACCGAAUGGCGUCCAGAACACCGUCUCCAUAUGCAAUCACGCGCUGAUCAACACCGUGCAGAAGGUCACUCUGAACACCGUGCCGAGCAUCCGCGCGAAUAUGGUGGUUGAUUCUCACAAUUGGGCGUCCAACGUGAAGAACAUAAUCAACGCCACGAAGAUCGGCGGGCAUAAGGGUAUACUGCCGAAAGGCAAGGAGGUCACAAAGACGACGAUGACUUACAAAGUGCCUAUCCCGGCGAUACACAAGGACAAGGUGGAGAAGCCUAAGGAGAACGCGAAUAGGAAAGAGUCGGAAGUGAAAGCGAAGGGUAAUAGGAGCCACUCGAAGAGCCACCGGAGCGUGCAGAGCGCGACGGAGACGAUCGAAGAGAGUAACGAGAAGAAAUCGCCGAAGGACUCGGCUGCGAAAAGCCAGGACGAUGGCGGCACGACCGUGGUGCGGAAGGGCACGCUUAAGCGCGGUUUGUCCUCGGAGCUCGACUCCGCGGACGAGCCGGAGGACAAGAAACGGAAGGAGAAUGAAGACGGCAUUCAGCUCGCGACCUCGAAGGCGUCAGACUUCACCGCCACCUGCAAGUCCAUCGAGAGCUUGAAGCACGUUAUAGAGAAGAUAGGCGAGGACAUACAAGAGGAGCACACAGCUGCGAAUAACGAGAAGGAGUCCGGCGUGAACGAGGCGACUCCGAUGGCUGCGGACGUGGAUCGCGAGGAAGCCUCUUCCAAAGUGUCGAAGCUGAUGAACAUAGUGGACACCGGCUGCUUUGAGAUGGACAAGAAGACGAACGAGGACAUCGUCGCGCCGUCCGACGUCUCGGACAAGUUCUCGGGCGAGUUGCUGAAAGCACGCGAAGCGGAAGCUCCUGAUCGCUCGUCCAACGACUUCAAUAUGUCGAUAGACGGUAUAGCGGAGAAGAGCGGCGAAGGCGCGGAACAACUGGCCUCGAAGUCCACCUUGACGGACGUUGAGGCGGUGGAGAAGGCCGUCGGCUCGGAAGGCUCGAAGGAGGUGUGCAAUUUGGGCACGCACUUCGACAGUCUGCUGCACGUCACGACGGCGAAGGAGCGGCAACAAGUCAGCGACGCGAUGAGCGCAGAGAGCAACAAGAUCAUCCUGAACUUGGACACGAACACGACGACGACGAUGAAGCCUGACGCGGGCGCGAGCAUCGUCGAGGCUGCGGUAUCGUCGUCGUCAUCGUCCUCCUCGUCCUCGUCGUCCUCGUCCUCGUCUUCGUCAUCGUCGGCGUCAUUGUUAGCCGUGGUGAACGAUGACGCUAAAUUGACGAAGAAGGACGAGAUGUCGAAGUCGUUGUCGUACACGAACGAGAACACGUUCGUGCCGAUCGGCGGCAACAGGUCGGACGGCUUACACUCCGACCUGGACAACGAUAUAUUCGCAUCCCUGCAGGUACCUUCCAGCUCGCACAAUCCGGAAUCGAUGUCGCCCACGGCGGCGUUUCUCAUGGCCUUUCCGCUGGUGACGUCCCUGAACGGCAAAACCGAGGUCUUGGACGAGGACAUGAAGGAAGACUUCAAGUACCACAGCCAGACUCCGCCGAUGUUGCUGCAGAUCGGCGCGAUGGAGCCGAACAGCUUCAAAAUCAAGACGUCACACGCGAUCGCGGAGAAGCGGCUAAAGGCGUCCUGCGAGGAGAAGCAGAGCGGCGGCGCGCCCGUGAGUCCGGUGAAUCCCGAGCUGAUCCUUCCCGUCGAGUGCGCCAAGAGCCUGCCGAAGGUGGUGAACGAGGAGACGCUGCGAGAGCCGUACAAGAUAGUGCAGACCUGCCUGGCGACGAGCAUGGAGAAGCCCGUGGCGACCACCAGCACCUUCUCCGCUCACACUUCUGCGGUGAAUUUCCCCGCCGUCGACUCUGCGUGCAUCGCCGGCAAUCCCCCGGCUCUGACGUCGAACCCGAGUCGACAGGUUCAGUUGACGGCGAAUCACGUGACCGUGGCCGAUACCACGCUGAGCAACGCCAACGUCUCCACGUCGACGGACAGCGGCAAGGGCAACGUCGCGGACUGCACGUCUCAGGCUGCCGCGACGAGUCGCAUCCCCGACGUGACGUACUCGUCGGGACUGCAGGACUUCCUGCCGAGUUACUCGACGGUGGUCGGUAACAGUCUCAGCAAUACGUUGCAGCCGACCUCGUCGGUGUUCACGAACGCCCACGCGACCACACAGGACUCGAAUCCCACCGUCGUGCCGCGGAUCGACGCUGACGGCUCCCAGAAUAUGUUGAGCGCUGCGCGCCUGGACAACGCGAUCACCAACUCUUCGUCCCUGCGCUCCCUGCAGAUGGACUACCCGAAGGACAAGGAGAGCUCAACGUUGCACAACGUCGCGAUCUACCCGUCGCACAGCAAGGACGCGCUCAUCGAUCACUCCGGCAUCGUCUCCGACCACCGGCCCGGCGAUUACGCGAAUCCGGUCGACCGAAGUCUUCCCGCGACCUCGCAGAGCCUGCAGAGCUACUCCGCUCAAGCCAAAGAAUCCUCUCUUCCGAUUCUCCCCCCUCAGGACAUGCAGCCUGUCUACAGUCAGACCACCAAGGAGAGCCACGUGCUGCUGGGUCUGAGCGCUACUCAGCAGGCCUUCCCCGUCCAUAAGAAGGAGCACGUGAUCGCGAGCUCCCACAACGAUUUCGCGGCGGAUCAAGCGAAGACGCAGAAGGACUCGAUAUCGUUCGCGUCGGGCGCCACCGACGGCGAGGCGAACGCCACGUCGCGGAACCAAGGCUACGCCGCUACGAAGGCCGCGGGCCAAAACUCCUCGGAGAACCCCUUCCAACGGGGAAGCUACUCCAAGUUGAGCAAGAGCACCGACACCUCGGACAAUCCGGCGGUGAGCCAAGAGACGAAGCUCGGCGUCCUCGGCUCGAAGUUGCAGGAGCAACACGCUCACGUGCGCACCGACUCCGCGGGCUACGCCUCCGCGAAGAAGCUGGACGUGGAGCAGUUCGUCCAGUCGUUCCAGUACGAGGUGAAGGAGGCGAUGAGCUCCGGCCAGGCGGAGCGCAAUAUUCUCGGCGCCGACGCGCACGCCUACGUCUCCUACUCCAGCAAGGACGACAAGAAGAGCAGCGUCGUGGCGUCGUCGGGCAACGCCGUCAUGGCCAACAAGUCGACAGCGGUGCAGCAGCAGAGCGUGGUGCCGCGUUACACGCAACAGCAGACGUUCGUCAGCACGUCGAAUUACGAGCAGAGCACGGCUACCGUGAACUACGCCAAGUCCACCACCACCAUCGCCCACAAUUCGUCCAACAUCGUGUCGUGGACGACGCUCUUGCCGACGUCCAACGGUCACAAUCUGCACUUCGAGCAGGCGCAUCCGAGCGACAACGCCGAGGCGAAGAAUAUCUGCGAGAACUACAGCUACGUGCCUCUGCACAAGGAGAACCCGAGCUUCACCAAUCAGGUGCUGACAGGUGGCGACAACUAUCCCAGCAGCAACUCGACGAUCCCCGGCAUGGACAAGCCGAGGGGGAAGAUCGAGUCGCAGAAGCAGACCUUCGUCGACCCGUCGAAGAGUAGGAACGACCCUACGAACGUCGCGUCCACGGUCGCGAAGCAGAACAGGAUGCAGGGUCAACAGGCCGGCAAUGAGUACAAGUAUCCUGACGCCGGCAAGAGCAAGAACAAGUACGCCAUGGACACGGACUACAUGUCGAACGAAUACAACGCCAUGGCGGAUCAGCAGCAGCAGCAACAACAGCACACGGCGAAGAGUCACCAGAGUCUGUCGUCCAAGCAAGAGAAGGCCGUGUACAGCAUGCCGAGCUACGAGCCUCAGAUCAACUUCGACCUGGCGGACAACAACGUGCAGAUCAAGUACUCCAUCGAGGCCUACGCCGGCGCGAACUUCAAGUACGUCGAGAAGGCUCAGCAGCAGAAUCAACACAAGUACCAGACGUUGAGCCAAAGUCAGAUCCCGGGUCUGCCGCAUGACAGCGGCAGCAGCUACAACAGCGACGUGAAGCACGGCCAGCAGCAACAGCAGCAGCAGCAAUCGCACAACAACGCCAACAGCGGCGGCAACAAGUCCAAGGGGAACCAGCAUCAGCAUGCGAUCAAGGCGCCGGUCAACUGGAUGAUGACGCCCGAGGUCAAGCACAACGCCAACAUCGACAUUAUCCUGCCGCCGAUCGGCAAGGAGCUGGAGUUCUGCCCGAACAACCUCUUCGGCCAGACGCCCAACUACAAUCAGGGCACGCCUAAUCAGUUCUACAACAACUACGACGUGGCCGCUCAUAGUUUCUCGAACCUGCCGGUCCUGCAGAGCAACGAGCCGAAGCGGCCGGCCGACAACUUCUUUUCCACCGAGGACCAGCCGUUCCCGUGGUCGCCGACGAAGAGCGGCGUGCACAACGUGGAGCAGGUCGGGCAGUCGGUCAAGUGCAUCGACCAGCACAUCGUGCCGUCGAGCCUGCAGACCCUGGUGAGCGAUCUCGAUCUCGGCGCCAAUCUGACGGAAAAGCAGAACUUCCUGUUCGGCGCUACGCCGUCGUCGAGGGUCACCGCGGAGUCCAGCAAGGACGUGAUCAAGGAGAAGGAGGCGAACGUGCAGGGCCGGGACUUCCACGCGAUAUUGAACCCGCAGAACGCGCAGCAUCCGGCCUCCACCUUCCUGUCCGUGAGCCAGCUCGUGGAGCACGAGAAGGCGGAGAAGUCCCAUCAGCAGCAGAAUCAUCAGCAGCAUCAGCAUCACCCGCACCAUCAUCCGCACCAACAUCAGCAUUCGCAGCAGCAGCAACAGCAGCAGCAACAACAGGCGAGGAAGCACCAGAGGAAGAGCAACACGAGUCCCAGGACGACCAGCAAGCGGCAGAUGGACAUUCGCAAGUCCACGACGACCAACGACAGCUUACAUCAGCGGCACGAAGAGCAGAAGUCAUCCGGGCACGUGUUCACAGAGCAGAACUACCAGCAACCACCGCAGCAGCAGCAGCAACAGCAGCAGAAGUACCAGCAGAACAACGUGCACUGGAGAAGUAGGAACUGCAAGAGCAACUACACGGCGGAAGCGCUGAUCGGCACCAGCGUUCACGACGGCGGCCACCAAGAUAAGCACGCGUCGAUCAAGUUCACGGCGAACUACCCGCAGAACAAGUUCCAGAGCGGCUUAUCCACCGCCGACGCCGCGGUGAUGCCGAUCAACUACUUCCCGAGCGCGGACGACGGCACCGGCUACGGCCAGGUGGUCAAUCAGAACUUCAACUCUUACGCCGCCUACUCGUCCAACGCCAACUCCAUCUAUCCCUCGAGCAACUUCAUCACCAGCAUCUCCAACGCGUCCAACAGCUACAUGAUGCCGCUCCACGAGAACGCGACGACGACCGAUUACGUCGAGGCGAACAGCUUCCUGCUGCCGAACGUGACGAGCACGUCGAGCGCCAGCUCGACCGUCAACACGUCCAGCGCGAACACGAGCUCCAGCAGCGGCAACUCGGCGAAGAACCAUCCGCACUACGGGAAGCACCCCAACUGCGACAAACGAUCGUACACGACCGCCGCGAAGAAGGGCAAGCGGAAGGGCCUCGACGGCCCGAUGCAGAACCUCGAGUUCCCCCUGUCCGGCAUCAACUCGCCCUUGGAGGACUAUCAUCACUCGACCAGCUUCCUACCGCCGCCACCGCCGCCGCCACCGCCGCCGCCACCGCCGCCCCACGCCAACCCCCUCUACCAGAAUCACCCGCAGACGAACGUGUACGCCAAGACUGCGAACGGUCUUCCGCCGCCGCCGUCGGCCGUGGCCGGGGCUCAGGGUGUCGCGGUCGUAGGCGCGCCCGGCUUCCCCAUGAACUCCAACAUGGUGCGAGGUGGGAUCGUCUCGAGCAAUCCGAUGACGAUGCCGCAUCAUCCGUCAGGCACCAGUCUCACGAAUUUCAACCUGAGCACGAUAUUCCCAGAAAUGAACGACAAGGUUACCGGCUAUAAACCUUCGAAUGGUAUACCACCUGGUCUCUCGCAGACGUCCAACCAGCCUACGACUUACACGCAACGAACUAAUUACCCGUCGAACUCCCUGUGUCAUUUACCGCAGGUGUGUUUAUAGAAUCUACACACGGUCCGCGUUCGAUCACGUGAGCCUAGGAAUAGCAUAUAUAUGCAGGGUGUCCGACAGUGUCGGUAACUUUGCUGUGCAAACUCGGCUCCAACAUGUUCUAUAUUGAAAAAAAAAUAAGUAUACGUGAGUCCGCCGGGUGCCGAAACGCGCCUUGUAACUGUUCGAUUUGCGACCCGACUCGGGGCGGCGUUCCACCAAUCGCUGCCAGUAUUUAUAGAAAUCUACAGGGUGUUCCAUGUUAAUGGAAAGAGUAGAAUAUUUUGAAAAUGCAAUUGACAAAAAACAAUGGUUCAGACAAAAAUUGCCUGGUUUAGAGGAGGACAUUGGUGACCUUAACUUCGUUAUAUAAUUUUGUGACAAUGUGAUCGAAAAUUGAAUACUUUGAGAUAUUUCCUAUUUUAUACUGAAGAAUAUCGAAGUAAAAAGUAAAAUAUCGUGAAGUAUCAUAUAAUAUAUUCACUAUUCACAUAAUCUUACCUUAAUACUUUUACACACAGAAUGAACGAAGGAAUAGAUUUAUGUUAAAAAGAAACCAAAUAUCAUAAAAAAAAAUUAAGUUAAUCUUGGAAUGACUUUCAAUUAUUUACUAUACAUUGAAGUUAAGGUUACUAACUUAUAUCCCUCUACAACUUCUGUAGUCUGUCGUCUGAAUUUUUUUGUCAAUUGCUUCGUUUUCAAGAUAUUCUACUGUUUUCAUUCAAAUGGGACACCCUGUACAGUUCAUAUUACGUAUAUCACAGAUUUCUGGCAAUGAUUAGCGGGAACGUUGCCCGCAUCAAAUUGAGUCACAAAUCGAAUACGCUGCUUCGCUUUAUACUUCGUUAUAAAGUUACGGCAAAAGUAUGAAGUGUAAAGGAGACGAAGCGAAUAAAGUUUCGGCUCUGCUAAUUCCUGGGGAAACAAUUCGCAACGUUUGCGAAGUUUCUACAGGAACGACGUGUUACCCGUCGGUCGGUCGUCAUCCUGCGUGUUACUUGCAUUUUGGAAAACAUGCAGUUUAAUAAUAGCGUAUCUCACCACAUGCUCCUCCUACUCCUGUCCUUCCAUCCGUAGCAAUCUAUUAUAAAAGUCUAUGAAUGAGUUCAUAGACUUGUUGUUUGUGAUACGAUCAGUCAACGUUUUUUGUACAUAUGUAAAUAACUGUAUAAUUAAUUAACUUAAAAAAAAAAAACGUUCAUACAGAAGAAACAACGUAAUA